AUGUCUUCGAGGGGUUUCACUCUUACAUAUACUUAUCAUACGAAUAAGAGAAGAGCACCUACACCUACGACUAAGAAGACAACAAGUUCAUCAUCAACCGGAAGACAGACACGAAAGAGACGAGAGAUUAGUGAGCGGAGAUCUAUUCGAGUAUCAAAAGGCGAACGGGGCUCCCAGUGA